AUGCCAACCUGCGCCGCAACGGGCGCCUCCCAGCUGGACGGCAUUCAAAUCAAGUUGAUCGCAUCAGACGUUGAUGGCACGCUGGUAAACAGCAAGCAGCAGCUGACCCCUGGCGUCGAGGCGGCCGUGCAGCGCGCACACGCGGCGGGCGUCCCGCUCAUCGUAGCAACAGGCAAGGCGCGCGGCCCCUGGGUGCCCAAGGUGCUGCCGCGGCUCGGGCCCCCCAUGCCAGGCGUUUUCCUCCAGGGCCUGCUCAUCUGCGACGCGGAGGGCCGCACCCUCUACUCCCGGUGCCUCGAAGAGGACGUGCUGCUAGCAUGCAUCCGCCUCGCGCGCGGCGCAGGCAUCACGCUGACUGCCUACACCGACGACAGGAUCAUGGCGGAUGCCCUUGAUGAGCAGACAGAGCGGCUGCUGUUCUACCAGGAGCCGACGCCGGAAGCUGUCGGGAACCUAGAGGGGAUCGUGGGGAAGCGGGACGUGCAGAAGGUCAUUUUCAUGGCCCCGCAGGAGCAGAUUGACCAGCUGCGUCCCGAGGUGGCGGCGGCGCUGGAGGGCCGCGCGACGCUCACGACCGCCCUCAAGGGCAUGCUGGAGGUGCUGCCGCUGGGCGCGUCCAAGGGCGAGGGCGUGAGGUGGCUGCUUGACCACAUGGGGCGGGACGCGCGCCACUUGAUGGCCCUGGGGGACGGCGAGAACGACAUCGAGAUGCUGCAGCUGGCCGCCCUGGGCGUGGCUAUGGGCAACGCGGGCCCUGGGCUCAGGGCUGUCGCUGACGUCAUUACGGGCACCAACGACGAGGACGGGGUGGCGCAGGCCAUCGAGCAGCACGUGCUGGCGCCGCGGCGGCUGGCGGCAAUGUGA